UUACGUUUCAUUACUUGCAGAUCAAUGAGGUAUAUACUACAUUCCUUCCUAUUAAUUAUUUAGGUUUGUUUGAAUAAUCAGCAGGAAACAGACUGUACGAUCGAUUAAUGGACGCUCCUAAAAGCGCGGAAAUAAAUACACAGGGCUCGAAUACGACCUUUGUUCCAAGACCUGAUGAGGGAGCAGUUCAUUUACAUGGAAGGAAAGAAAAAACAACAAAGUCAAACAGUUUUGAGAAAGACAAGCACAAGGUUGACAACACAGCGUCAAAUAAACCACGAUCCUGCACAGUCAAAGGUGCGGCAACUUUCGAAGACUUUGCUAAAUUAGGAGCAGGAGCGUCCGAUGAACCCGUUGCUCCAACCAAGUGUGUGCAGUCACCUUCUGAUAGAUUAGAGGGGGAAGCUCCUGGUUGCAUGAGCACUAUAACAGGAUCAAGUGGAAUAUACGGAGUACCCGAUCGUGUUUUACAAAUAUCGUCUACGAGUGGAAAACACCGCGGGUCAAGAUCAACCGGCAAUGAAACAAACGAAGCUCGACGACCAAGAAAUUAUCAUAUUAAGUCAAUCCGUAGAGGAAUCCCUGACAUUAUGACGACUGAUGUCAGUGGAAGGAGUUAUCAUCGUGCUACUAGGGGUAUGCACAUAACGACUUUGUGUUUGUGCCAAGGCAACUCGAAACGCAAACGAAACCCCACAGCGUGGUUGUUCAGUGUAUUAGCAGCAGUGUUAUGUGUCGUAUGCCCGUUAUUUUCAUUUGUUGCUGACGUCACAUUUUACGUCAUGUGUAGCGACCAUUACAACGAAACUGCUAACGUGCUCACCAAAGUGAAGGGAAGCGAGCGAGCAUCGUAUAUUGUAGCUGAAGUGCAACCUACAUUACUUUCAUUUGUGCGGCAUGGCUCACAGCGCAGAGGGCACCAUUCAAGCCGAGUAAGUCACCAUUCUAACCCACCAGCACCACUAAGAGGACGUCGGCAAUCAGACUUCGACACUUGGAACUCCUUCCCUACAUUACCAAUAGAAAGUCAACCCGACGACCGACCAAGUCCAUUCAACAUAAACACUAAUAUAAAUCCCGUUGGUGUACAAUACAUUGUUCCACAACAAUACGGAAAGUUCAAACGCUCCCAGAAUCCGACUCCAAGUUACGUCACGAAAUACGUCAGCAAUGACGACACAACGGUGUUCGCCUUGGAAACAACUAUCUUCCCAAAGAAAGCUGGAAGCGCUGAGUUUGCGUGUGCGAAUGAGAGUGCGAUUCGUGAAUUCAUGAAAACACCAGAGGCGACACGACGCUUGGAGGCGCACAGACACGUGACCAUCGAUGUGUUCGAACCAGUUUUCAUCAUCGGGUCUUUCCCAUCGUUGCUACUUUGCAUCUUUGCACGAUUAGUGGUAAUGGUUACUGCCCACAAUCACUUUCUAUCUGCUUACGUAAUCAACAUAGCCGGCAUGCCUCUACAACUUGUUACUGGCGCACUUGGAGUGAAUUCUGCAGCUUACCACGUUGGACAGUUCGGCUUCUCUUCUACCUCCAGUUGUUGGCAUUGUGCGUUAGAAGGCGAUUGCUCUGACGUCAGUCCGUUGUCAUGGUUAAACGAUCACGUGAACAUGAGUCUGAUUGUAGCAACAGCAGCGAAAGGUUUGGACGGUGCAGCAGGGGGAUGCGUUUUAUUUAUUGUGGUUCUACGGAUAUUAUGGCGAGAACAUGGCAAUGUAACGUUGUGGUGGUAUGCUGCUAGGGUGAUAGCUAGUUUGUUCGCGUUUAUAUUAUGCGUCACUGUGUCAACUCUAUUAGUUAUAACUCCUGCGAUCGGGGUGUUCAGGUUGCAGUUUAUCGAGCGAGUUGGUUACUUCACUGGUCGAGAGGAAACACUUUCAAUGUUCAUGUUGUUGCUUGGGAUGGGCAUGGCUGCAUGGGCUGCAUCACUAUUAGCCAUACUACUCUACCUCAUGUAUAAAACAUAUCUAUAUUGUCGAGUAAAGGAACAUGCAGUGCAAAUCAUCGAUGAAGAUUGAGAUUGUAAAUUCACUGAUGUAACAAACUUGUACGAACACUCACUGCAAUUAUAAUAAUUAUAAAUUAACUUGCCAAUGCUUUGCUACCAUCAUCUCGUAAUACAAAACAAAAAUUAUAAA